AUGAUGCGACUGCUGUUAGGCCGUGUCCUGUGCCUUUGGGCAACAGCAGCAGCGAGCCAUGCUCCACAUGGAAUCUACAACAUGGUCCCGCUCGUGUUGCCGAAGGCAGCACUUUGGGACGAGGCCAGCAAUUGCUGGACAUCUCAAAAUGUAGACGACUUGGUGGUACACAAGGCUGGGGCUGCCGCUCUGGAAGCUGCAGUUUGCCCAGAAGGUAUAGCCUUCGAGGGCUGGCACGGCCAGGUUGAGAGAAUCGAUGAGGACUCGCUCGGUAGAAACAUACGGGCUUGUGUACCGGGGAUUUUCAUGAACGCAGACGCGAAACGUGCUCCAGAUGCUCCAGGAGUUUGUAUAUUUUUCUGGGUCACGGCUGGGGUGAAUGAGAUGCCAGCAUCCUACAGAGCUGCCAGCACGGUGCUGGCUGCAGUGGCGUACUCCAUUGUUUCCACCUGGAGGUUUUACACGGACCUCAGACACGAGCAGGUCAUCAGCUUAGCAGGACCUGGCGUGCUGCCAUCAGUUCUGGAAAAGGUCGGACGCCGCGAUGGCUCUCUCCUGCCUGAGCCUAAACCCAAGCUGCAGUGGCUUGUUCACGAAUCGAUUACUGUUAUCGGGAACGUGAAGAUGCGAGCGCUCAUCCGUGCAGUGAAUGGCACCAGCAAGUUCGGUGACAUGGACGAAAAGACCAGUGCCUUGCACGGAGCAAUCGAGCUCAUGUUCCAGCAAAGCCCGAUGGUGGUGCAGCUUCCACCUGCCACUAUGGUGCAAGGUGAUCUGCAUUCGGUGCCGAUCCCCAGAACACGGUCAACCAUCUGUCUAAUGGAAGCAAGAGCCGUGAUAAGCUCUGUAAGCACCUCCUUGAAGGAAUUGCAAGGCUUGCGGCAUCCGCCACAUGGUGGGGACGAGCAACAGCCAUUCUAUCAUACUUGGGCAUGGACGCUGGCUUGGUUCGUUCUGUUGGGCUUGAGCGCACUGCUGCUCCACAAAUCCUACAAGAUGCUUCUGAAGGCGAUGGAAGACAUGCAGGAGAGGCUAUCCAACAUGCAGGAGAGGCUAUCGAACCUUGAGCUGCAAGCUGAUGAUGGCUUCAAACUUGUCUACAACAGGCAGGCAGGCCAGCCUGUGGCCGAUGUUCAUCAAGAUUGGUGCCUUGUUGAUUGUCAGAAUCUUGUUGAUUGUCAGAACAGUGACAGCGACGGCGAGCGCGGUAAUUCCGUGGCUGGUUCUGCUCCACCAGGCAUUCCUACCAGGCAAUGUCUCUCGCCGGGCUGGCACUACGUGCUAUGUCGUGACAAUGCUGUGGUAGACAUUAUUUCAGUAGCUUCGACCAGGCCACUGCGUGCAGGCCCCGGCGCAGCAGUAGCAUUUUUGAAGUGUAGUGCUGCGCUGCCAAUCCGGGAUCGUGACUUGGUUGAGCUGCGCUACACCGUCGAGGACUGCGAUUGUGUGCUUCGCAUAACAGCCAACCAUGCCGUCAAGGUUUACGGAAACCAUGGAGAGCAGGGUGCUCUGCCUGCUGCAGAUGUGAGACCUGGCGACUGCUUGUGGACACCCUCUGGUGUGGGCAGGGUGCGAGAUGUUUCCUCACUUACUCUGAGCACGGAGUGCUACGAGGCAGAGCUCACAGAUCCGACAUCGACGAUGUUCAUCGGACCACGUACUAGCAGACCAGACCACUUUGUCGAAGUGUAUGGGGAGUUGGCUCCGCGUCCUAUGGAUGAUUAUGUAAAGCUGCUUCGCUUCCGGCAUUUCAAGAACUUCGAGAAGCUCCUUCUCGAUGGUGGUGAAUUGGCAGCCUGUCGAGCUGACCUGGAAGCCCGAGGCUUCUCUGCAGACGUGAGCAAGAUCGAGGUGGGCUCCGGCAAGAGCUUAGGACCGGGCAAGCUCUUUGUGCACGGAGAACUAGCGGAGCGAGUGAUCCACGCACUCAAAUUCCGCCGGCGACCUUUAACACCACGAGAUGUGGUCGUCUCAAGGGCUUAUGAGAAAGCUGUUCUUGACGCCGUUCUUCACCAGGUGAACGCCCGCAGCAAUUGGGUGUGCGACCAGGAGAAUCUGGACUUGUCCAGGGCUUCUUACCUGUGGCUUCACGAUGAACCACUGCGCAUGUCGACGGACACAGAGACGGUCACUGUGGAACGAACUUUCAUCAAUAUUAAGCCCUUGCCUGCAGCAGGCGCAGCAGCGGCAGGUGCAAGAUCUGCAAGAAGUGCGUGA